CGCGAUGAACCUAUCUAAGGUUUUCUAAAGAAAUUCAGAUUCCAGUUCUGUCGAGCGGUGGAUUGGUGGAAAACGAAGCUGUAAAUCGCGUAUACAUAUCAAUCGAAUCAAGAGUUUACAGAUUCUUCAGUGUAGCCAUUUGAAGCUUAUCAGUGUACGCUAUGGGAGAUAUUUCUGGUGAUGACAAGAUCCUUAGCUAUGACGAUGUUGUCCUUAGGAGAUCCGAUUUGGACAUCCUAAAUGGACACAAUUUUCUGAAUGAUCGUGUUAUCGAGUUCUACCUAAGCUACUUAUCCUCAGUUCACAGUACCCCUACCAUCUCACUAAUCCCUCCUUCCAUUGCCUUCUGGAUCUCCAACUGCCCUGACGCUGAAUCCCUCAAAGAUUUCAUGAAACCCCUCAAGUGUGGCGACAAAGACCUCCUGAUAUUCCCUGUUAACGACAAUCUAAAUGUGGAGGAAGCUGAAGGCGGAUUACAUUGGAGCUUGCUAGUGUACUACAAAGAUGCCAACACGUUUUUCCAUCAUGAUAGCUUAAUGGGAGUGAAUAAAUGGAGCGCUAAACAACUCUUCGAGGCGGUUUCUCCAUUUGUGUCUGAUGGUGAUGCGGUAUACAGAGAAUAUAAUGAGACACCGCAGCAAAAGAAUGGGUACGAUUGUGGUGUUUACCUUCUUGCAAUAGCUCGGGUUGUAUGCGAAUGGUUUACCUCUGAGGGAAUGAAGAAGCGGGAUGAGCUGUGGUUUACUGAUGUGAAGGAGGCUGUACCAGAUGUGGUGAACCAUUUGAGAGAAGAAAUACUGGAGCUGAUCAAAAGGUUGAUGUCUGAGAGUGUUUGUAAAUGAGAAAUGUCGUUAGAUUAUGGUUGGAUAAUCCGGUUUGAUGGAUGAUUUUAACUGUUUACCGGAGCUAAAACAUUUGAUACAUCAUUUUCACCGGUUAUGGAAACCAUCUGUUCUGCUCUCUA